AUGUCGUACAAGACAGCCUGGUCGAAGAGUGGAGGGUCCUUACCCUCAGAUCGGAUACCCUCGCGUACCACCACUCCGAAGCCAAAAUCGACGAAGGCGAGUCGAAGCAACACGCCUGGCGCUGCAUCUCCUCCAAAGAGCAAAGAGGUGCUUAGGCUUGAGAUUCUCAGGGACGGCCUACAAGCGGUGGUGUCGCGUGGGGGUGUACUAGGGACGGACCCAAAGGGCGGCUGCUUCUGUCAAGCUCGCUCGCAUGUUAUCUCAACAUAUAACUCCGCAUGCAUGCAAUGCGGCCUCCCGUUGUGCAUGCUCAACCUCCCGAACUACGCAUGCCCCUCCUGCGUCUCGCCGCUGCACAGCGAGCCCGCGUUGCACGCGCUCCUUGCGCAGGUGCUCGACGAACUCGAUGUGGUGCUGCGCAAGGAGGAGGAUGCGCGCCGGCAGGCCGAGGACGAGCGCAAGCGCAUCCAGGGCUCCUUCCCCACACUCGCCGCGGCCACCACCGCGUCGAGCGACAGUCUCGUCAAUCUCCCGGGUGGCCUGGCGCCGCCGCCACAGCAACAACAAGCACACAAGGUGCUCUCGCUGAAUGCGAAGACGAAGCGUGUCACGGUCGCGUCGUACACGAAGAAGCCGCGGGCGACCCCGCCGCCAAGCGGUCCCGGCUCGCGUGCAGAGUCGCCGACGGAGUGGGACGAGGGCUUGCCCGCGCGGAUACACGGUCCACCGCGGGAGAUACCUUUGCCGCAAGCGCCUGCGCGUACGCUGGAGGCUCGACCGUGGUUCAAUGCGAGAGAGGACGUUACAUACGUCGAUCCUGCGAGGCUGUGA